AUCCCAAGCUCUUGUCUUUCUCUCUCUAUCUCUCUAACUUUCUCUCUCAUUCACAGUCACACAUUUCUCAGAGCUCAGAGGAAUCAGUGAAGAAAAAGGAAGCUUCGUUCUUCCACAUUUUCCUCUUCAAUGGCCGCUAAGCCCUACGAGGAGGGAAAACCGUUUGUCCAGGGAAUUGUGGAUGAAAGCUGCAACCUACUUGUUAACUAUUCAGGAGUCAAGAUAGUAAAACCAAGCUUUGAUGAGGUCAAACAUCAGUGCUCUCAAGAUGUUUUGCCUAUUCUUGUUGAAGAGGCUUCACUUCCCAAAAGCUUAAAAUACCCCAAAGAAAACUCACAUACCCAAGAUGUCUACAGUAUAUCAGUCUUGCCCCAAGAGAGCAACAAUUUACAAUGUGCUUCUCAAUUGGCGUUCUUACGAAUUCUAGAAGUUCCUAAUCCACCCAUAGAUCAGGUCUGCAUGGACGCAGAAUUGAACUGCCAGAACUGCAUUGAUUUUCAGAUGACUAGUGCAGAUACCUAUUCCUCAUGUGUUGUAGAUAUAGAUAUGGAAAGGGAAUCUUUGCAAGUACCUGAAUCCAAUGAGAAAACUGUUGAAAUUUUGAAAACUGAGAGUGCCCCAAUUCACUUGCAGAAGGCAUUGAGGAGACAGGCAAGCAUAAAUGUCGGCGAGAAACUUAUCCAACUCCUAGUGAAUUACGGAACUACAAGUCCAAGAGUUUCAACAGAUAAAACUGACAGGGUUCACGAAGUAACAAACAACCAUUGGAGAAGAUAUAAACGAGCUACCUCAUUUGAUUCAAGGAAAAUUGUGCUGCUGUUCUCAAUCUUGUCAAGUGUGGGGACUUUAGUAUUGAUAUAUCUGACACUGAAAGUCAGACAGCAAAUUGCUGAUGGCAUCAUUCAUGUCUGACGAUCCACCUUUCCAAUCCAGCCCACCUGAUUCAUGUCCCAACUUUGUCUUAAGUUUUCUCUGGAAAACUAUAGCUAAAGUUUUACUUUUUGAUGAUGUAAAUAUUGUGAUUUGAUAGAGCUUUAUAGUGUUUGGCCGAGUGGUGAUGUGUUUAUUUUGUGGUUGAUGAGUUUUCCUUUUGCCUUCUCACGCGUGCCUUAAAUUGCUUUCUGGAGUUAUCUUUUGAAUACUGUUACUAACUACACCUCCUUUAUGAUGUAAAUAUUCAUAUUUUUUUUAUCGAGUUUUCUUUGUAAAUUGGUAAUUUCAGAGACAUACAGAGUGGAA